UAUUGGCUCCGGCGUGACAGUCCACUCCCGUUAGCUGCAGCUGUGUCUGGUGCCCUUGGUGGAAGCGGGAGCAUGGAGGACGGAGAUGGGCUGAGGCAGCGGAGGCCUAUCCGGCCGCAGGUGAUCACCGAUGACAGCUACGUGCAGGAAGGCGAGAGGAAAAGCACAUACAGCGGCAAAGUGUUCCGUGCCACCUUAACAUGCCUGGCCUUGGCACUGAUCAUUCCUUCGCUGGCAGCCAUCUGUCUUCUAGAGAGCCCCAUAGAGCCCCAUGUGUUAAGUUUUCCAACGCCUCCUCUAAUGAUGGGUGCCCUAGAGGCAAACCUUAAGCUGAGAAAAGCUGAGCGCCUGUACGAAGACCAGUUGGUAGGCCCAGAAUCUAUUGCAAAUAUUGGUGAUGUCCUGUAUACCGGUACUGCUGAUGGGCAGAUUGUGAAAAUUGAAGAUGGCAAAAUCCACACCAUAGCAAGACUGGGCACACCUCCCUGUGGAACAAGAGAAAAUGAACCGAACUGCGGAAGACCUUUGGGGCUUAGAGUUGGCCCUAAUGGAACUCUUUUUGUUGCAGAUGCUUAUCAGGGAAUAUUCAAAGUGAAUCCUGUUACAGGUGAAGUGGAGAGACUGGUUUCGUCCAGGAUCCCAGUUCAAGGGAAGAUAAUGUCCUUUGUUAAUGACCUUGCUGUGACCAGUGAUGGCAGAAAGAUCUACUUUACUGAUUCCAGCAGUAAAUGGCAGAGAAGGGAAUACCCCCUCAUAGUUAUGGAAGGCACAGACGAUGGCCGCUUGCUGGAGUAUGACACCCUGACAAAGGAAAUAAAGGUUUUAAUGGGUGGAUUGCGUUUUCCCAAUGGCGUUCAACUUUCUCCUGCAGAGGAUUUUGUACUUGUUGUAGAAACCACAAUGGCACGCGUGAAGAGGUAUUAUGUUUCUGGCCUUACCAAAGGUGGCGUGGAUACGUUUGUGGACAACAUGCCUGGAUUCCCGGAUAAUAUUCGCCGUAGUAGCACAGGAGGGUACUGGGUGGCAAUGUCUGCAGUGAGACUAAACCCUGGAUUUUCCAUGAUGGACUUCUUAGCUGACAAACCUUGGAUCAAAAAGAUAAUUUUCAAGAUUUUAAGUCCGGAUACUGUGAUGAAGUUUGUUCCAAGAUACAGUCUGGUUAUAGAGCUCGGCGAGAAAGGAUCCUACAAAAGAAGUUUUCAUGAUCCCAACGGAGAGGUGGCAACCUUUAUCAGUGAGGCUCAUGAACAUGAUGGUUAUUUAUACCUGGGAUCCUUCCGGUCUCCUUUUAUCUGUAGACUGAACCUUAAUGAUGUCUGAAGUGGCUCAUCAGACCCUUUUGUAGAUGAAGAACCAGAAUUGGACUGAAAGAGAGAGCAAAAACCGUGUCGGCUGCUAUGGGCAUCUCUGUUUUGUAGAAGCUCACUCUGAUUUUGUUAAAUACUUUUGGUUCAAAGUAAAGCAGUUUUAUUAUUUUUUUUUAUAAGAUAUGAACUUAAUUAUUUCUCAAUAGUUUAGACAUUUAGACAGUCAGAUAUUCAGUGCAGGCUGUGUACAGUUGGCUUGCCAUGCAUUACUUGAAUUGUUGAAAGGUUUUCCAUUUUCAGAUGUGCUUCCAUAUCAAUGUAUAUUAAUGCUUUAGUGGAAUGUAGUUCAGUAUUUUCUUCUUGUAUCUUCCAUUACAGACUUCCCUUAAAGGUAUGCCAUCCCUUGAGGUAAUGUCACAUACAGUAAUGUCACCAGCUGCAUCCAGUCUCUUAAAAAC